CACUUGCGUGUUACGGGUUCGAUUGUAUGCCAUGACUUCGCACUGCAAACAUUCGUAAGCUCGGCACCGGACCCAGAAAACCCACCCUCCCACUCCCAGCAAAGGUAUUACCAAUUUACUUGUGUCCUAAUUUUUGUGAUAGGCUAGGAUCAUGGCCACAACCCUGCCAUGGCAACCCCCACUCCAGUUAAAGCCACGCCACCGUAUCCCUAUACCCUACCGUACCCGCCAGGCCACUUCUGUUCGCCAAUUGGCGCCCAUCCGGGCCUUCAGGCGCAGCGACAUCGACGGUUUCGCGAGGCGCAUGGUCUCCGGUGAGGCCUUGAGGGACGCCUGGCGCAGUGCCAACGACGGAUUCGAGCAGCUAGCCUUCGAGGCCAAGAAGGCAGCCGAGCGCCUCGACCGCCGAUACUCCGUUUCGCGCCGCCUUAGCUCCGUUGCCCGCUCCGCCUCCGAACGCGCACGCGACAUCGACAGGGAGUUCGAGAUCGGGCUCCGAUGGCGCACUUUCACCAUGGACUUCAAUAGAAACUUGCCGAGGUACAGGAAACAGCUCAAUGAUUUUCUGGAUACUCCACUGGGAAAAAGUUUUGCGACUAUUCUCUUCCUCUGGCUUGCAUUAUCUGGAUGGCUUUUUCGUUUCUUGAUAUUUGCGCUAUGGAUACUUCCACUUGCCGGUCCUCUUCUCAUUGGGACUAUUGCCAAUAACCUUGUUAUAAAGGGGGCUUGCCCAGCCUGUAAGAGGCAAUUUGCUGGUUACAAGAACCAAAUAAUUCGUUGUACAAGCUGUGGAAACAUCGUAUGGCAGCCAAAAGGGGACUUCUUUUCAAGAGACAGCAGAGGCACCACUACUUCAAAGUCGGAGCCUGACAUUAUUGACGUGGACUUUGAGGAGAAAUGACGGGAUACCCAGGUAGUAGUGCCAUGGUGGUUCACUCAAACUUGGACAUGGUAUACAGAGAGCUAUGAGAAUGCAAGCCUUUUCACUGUUUGUCUGUUCUGAUAUUUAGUCUCAUAUAUUUUUCAUGUUUAGUGUUAAUUUUUUUUCCUGUAACUUGAAAGUGCUUAUAAUUUUUGCUGGAUAACGAGGAUCUGUAUAUUUUUUUAAAAAAAAUUAGGAAUACCCCGAUGUCUUGUUCAGCACAGAAAUCUUCAUAUCGAUGGUAGGCGGCCUUAUCAUCUUAAGAGAUUCAGCUCCCCUUAGCUUUUGCAAACACAAUCUUUUCAGGGUAGGGUGAAGUUAGUUAUUUAGUUAUGUUUGCUGUUAUCCUUUGGACCUUCGGUAGCACUAAUCUAGUGAAGUCUUGCUGUCAUUUUUUCUUUGAAUUCUCGAUGUGAAGAUGAUUGUUUGAUCUUAAUGCAUGAAGUUCAUUGAUUUAUAA